AUGAAAGGAGCAACUUCUCUCCCGGAGCUCACCAUACAACCUGUUGAUCAAGAGCGUCAUGCUUCAGAUGACCUUCCAGGCGAGCUCCAAUCGGAAAAAAGGCCCAACUCAUCGUCCGGCGAUGAGGCCGCAGCUCAGGAGGGAGUGAAGUCCUACGUUGAACUGGUCCUAGUGACAAUCUCAUUGGGGUUAUCGGUGUUCUGCAUGUAUCUGGAUACAACCAUUCUAGGGACAGCUUCCUCCAGGAUCUCCACCGAAUUCCAUUCAUUACAGGAUGUUGGAUGGUAUGCGAGCUCGUACCUCCUCACAUCUUGUAUAGCACAGUUGCCCUAUGGCCAGUUGUAUAAUUUCUACACAGCCAAGUGGGUGUUUCUGGGUGCACUGGGUAUCUUUGAAAUAGGAUCCCUCAUCUGCGCCAUGGCCCCAACGUCAGCGGUCUUGAUUUGUGGUCGAAGUAUUGCCGGUAUCGGGAGUGCAGGUAUAUUCUCGGGGUUCUACGUCGUCAUGGGGUACAGUACUCCGGUGAAGCAUCGAGCAUUGUACAACGGUAUCCUUGGAAGUGUACCGGCUAUUGCCAACGUUGCUGGCCCGGUGUUAGGGGGUGUGUUCACAGACCGGCUCUCGUGGCGCUGGUGCUUCUACAUCAAUUUGCCCGUGGGAGGCGUGGCCGCCCUUUGCAUGCUCUGUACGCACGCCGUGAAGCCAAGCCUCAAAGGCGCCGGGUGGCGCGAGAAACUCGAUGCCUUCGAUCUGGUUGGAAAUGCCUUCUUGGUUCCCGCGCUCGUCUGCCUCAUGCUGCCCGUCCAGAUGGGGGGCACGACCCCUUGGGAGUGGGACAGCGCACGCGUGAUAGCACUCUUUGUUGCAUCUGGUGUCCUGGCCAUCAUCUUCGGCGUCCAUCAAGUUUGGCGCGGGGAUCGUGCUCUGCUGCCCCUCCGCAUUUUACGGAACCGGGAUCUGAUGGCGGGUGCCUGGUUCAAUCUCUGCAUCGAAGGCGCUCUUCUCGUCAUCACAUACUAUCUCCCGAUCUGGUUCCAGGCCGUCAGAAAUGCGUCCGCUAUCAAGUCCGGUGUGAUGACUCUGCCCACCAUGCUGGGUCUCAUCCUCACUGCGACAGCAACCGGUGGGCUGGUGGCUGUCGUCGGCUACUAUACGCCGUUUGUCAUCGCAUCGUCGAUUAUCACGCCCAUCGGGGCCGGCCUCCUCACCACCCUGGCCGUCGACUCCACCACGGCCCACUGGCUAGGCUACCAAGUGCUUAACAGCGUGGGAGUGGGCAUCGGCUGUCAGAACGUGAUGCUCGUACCGCAGUUCGCCGUUGGCCCCGGCGACGUGUCCAUGGCGAUCUCCAUUUUCUUCUUCACUCGGACCCUGACCAGCUCCAUUUUCCUCGCCAUCGCCCAAUCCAUCUUCCAGAAUCAACUGGCGCGAAAUCUUCGCAGCCACACGGAGUUACCCGUUGAUCCCGCCGCCGUCAUCCACACCGGUGCCUCUCAGGUCUCCGAAAAGUUUUCUUCCGAUGUCCUGCCGAUCAUUUUGGACGCAUAUAACUCUGCCUUGACUCGGAGUUUUGUUGUGGCGAUUGCGCUCAGUGCUCUGUCUAUAUUGGGAUCUGUCUGUCUUUCAUGGAGACGCAUCAAUGAGGGGUAUCAACGAAAAUGA